CCCUUUCCGCGUCUGCUGCAGAGCCGUAAACACGCGGGCGGAUAUCCAAGUGCGUAGUGGCUGACAGCGGCAGUGGCUACAAUCACUCGCGCGUUCGUCUCAAUUAACUCGCCAAUUAACAAAGCACGCGCUCGCGGGCAGCGCGAGACAUGGCCGACGACGAGGACGACGAUCGCGAGGGGCUACGCCACUACCUGCAGCAGAUGCCGGAACUGGAGGAUGUGGAGGACGUGGAGGGGGAGGUGGAGGAGGAGGAGAGUGAGUUGGAGGUGGACCCGGGAGACGAGAGCGAUGACGGGGAAAGCCCAACCAUCAUCAACUUCGACUCCACCUUGCCCGCGCUGCACUCGUACCUGGGCACGGACCUGCAGGAGUACAGCGGACGCACGGUGCACGACGAGGAGAGCUGCCAGUCGGUGCCGCUGCUGUCGGGCGGCCUGACCAUGCUCAUCCCGGGACAGACGCUGCCGCUGCACCUGUUCCGCCCCCAGGAGGUGUCACUCAUCCGCAACCUGGUGCUCAACGACCGCACCUUCGGGGUGCUGGCCUACAGCCUGGAGCCCACGUCGGGGCAGCCUGUGGCAUCGGAGCUGGGCACGACGGCGGAGAUCGUGCAGUGCAGCGUAGAGUCGGAGCACGGCGUCGAGUCCGUCAAGCUGAAGGCCGUGGGGCGCCAGCGCUUCCGGGUCAUCGAGGUCCGCACACAGGUGGACGGCAACAAGGUGGCCAAGGUACAGAUCCUGGCUGAGAAGACGAUGCUCUCGCCACUGGAGGGCGCCCGGUGCGCGUCGCUCUGCCGCCAGCUGCCUCCCUCGCCGCCUGCCGGACCCUCCGCCUCGCCCCAAUACUGGCGGCGCUACCACAAGAGGAAGUUUCACUGCGCCAGCCUCACGUGGUGGCCGCCCUGGGUCUACUCUCUGUACGACGCCGAUACUCUGAUGGAGAAGAUAAAGCGGCAUCUGCGCGAGUGGUACGGAAAGCUGAGGGAGAAAGCGCUGCCUGACAACGCCAUAGACUUCUCCUACUGGGUGGCCUCGUGUCUACCCAUAGACAACGACGUGCGCCUGAGCCUCCUCACCGUGAGCAGCGCCGUGCAGAGGCUGCGCUGCGAGCUCGACAUCCUGGAGAAGUGCACGUCGCUGUGCUGCAGGAACUGUGACAUGGAAAUCACCAUGCGGGGCGAAAUAUUCAGCCUCUCGCAGUACGGCCCGAUGGCGGCCUACGUGAACCCGCACGGCUACGUGCACGAGACGCUCACCGUGCACAAGGCGUCCAGCCUCAACCUCAUCGGCCGCCCCUCCACCGAGUACAGCUGGUUCCCUGGGUAUGCCUGGACGAUUGCUCAGUGCCGCGACUGCGGUAGCCACAUGGGCUGGAAGUUCACGGCGACGCGCAAGGACAUGUUGCCCGCAAAGUUCUGGGGGCUGACCCGCUCGGCGCUGAGUCCUCGCCUGCCCACCGUGGGCGGAGACGACGACGACGACGCCGCCGCCGCCGCCGCCAGGAGGGCAGAGGCGCGGCAGGGGACGGGAGACAGAGCCGCGGAGACGUGGAGACCCACGCUGUGAAUGGAGCGCCCGGAACAUCCGCCCCGCUCGCCACGACUACCACCCCCGCCGCUUUGGGCCUGGGCUGCGCGAGUAAGGCGGCCGUGCAGCCCAGACUCCUCGGCGGUCGGAAAACUCGAGCGAUCCUGCCCAGAUUCGUAAUUGUCCCGUGAGGAGGUUCAACCUCGGGUUGCCGCCUGUGUGGGUGUUUGGGCCGGACAAAACCUGUAGUUGGCAUCUGUGUCCGGGUGGCAGGAACCGAUUUGUACCACCUCCCAAGUCUCUCUCUCCCUGCACGAGAGCGAGCGAAUGCCGUGCGGCACGUUAACUCGCCGAAAUUGUUAUCGUGGUGAACGUCGAGUUUUCCGCACAGUUGUGACAGCCCUCGGCUGGUGAAGAGAGAGAUGUCCCGUUUUGGUGUGUGGUGGAACAAGUGACAGCCCUAGGCUGGUGGAGAGAGAGAUGUCCUAGUUUGGUGUGCGGUGGGACAGGUGGCAGCCCGAGGUGAAGCUCAAGGAAUGGCUGCCCGCUAACAUUAGCGCGCACAAGACGCGUCUUGGUUAGGGACGUGUAGGUCUACGAUAGGAACGUCAAAGCCCCUGUUCAUAACAGAAUAUAUAUUUUUUCACAUUAAUUUUUGCUGGUUAUUUGUAUCCGCUUUUGCCAAAUUUCAAACCUCGACCAAGUUUGGAAUGGCGACGCCCAUAGCUCCUCCUCCCAUCACCGUGGUGCGAGUCGCGAUUGCGGACGCGGAGCUUCAGCGUUCGAAUCUCUUGGUUUUUUCUGGGGUCGAACCGUCGACCCCCCCCCCCCCCCCCGUGCAUCCCACGCAGACCCCGCGGGGGUUGUGGAGCCACCGUAGACGUUGACGAAAUCUGGGUGGGAUCGUUCUCGUUCACUGCCAUGAAUUCAAGACGUAAGCACGGAUGCGCAUGUGCAGUCAGCACAGCCUCGCUGGUCCUGAUUUUGGAGUA